AUGGCACGGCGCAAGUCGAUGUACAUGGACGAGGGCACAGACUCGGAUGACUCGGCAGCAUCCGAUGAACAUACCAGCGUGCGCCAAGCGCCGUCCUUUGUUCCUUCGACGACAGCUCAUGUGCAGACGGAGGAAGAACAGACGAUUGAGCGCCGAGCGUUCGGUGCUGGGCUGGGUGCUCAACCAGAGAGCAUGGACAUCGAAUCUGCGCCUCGUGCCGGACUGGGAGCGACGCCCGUGCCCAAGACGGCUGGUCCUGCACUGUCACGCACAUCCGGCUCAGGCGGAUUCGAUCCCGCUGCCUUGAUGCGGCAAAUGGGAUGGACGGGCGGUGGUCUCGGCAAGGAUGGGUCAGGUAUCGUUGAUCCUAUCCAAGUCAAGAUGCGCCCUAGUCGCGCCGGCGUUGCCUUCGGCGGAAAAGAGACACUCAAAGCGCAGGCAGCUGAGCCGGAGCAGGUCCAAGAGGCGCCGCCCAAGGUAUGGAAACGCCGCGAAAAGAAACCCCGGGUGGUGUACCGCACCUAUGACGAGAUUCUCGCGCAAGCGGCUGACCAGCCUGUCCCCAUUCUCGAUGCGACAGGGGCGGAAAUCCAGGCCGCCUCGCUAUCAGAGGCUCUUGCCCGGCAUCCCGUGCCGACAAGUGCGCAUGAAUCACUUCCAGAGCUGCGGCACAACAUGUCGCUCUUGUGUGACGGGACCAAGGAGAAGCUUGGCAAACUCGCACGCCAUGCAGCAGGCCUUGGUGAGCGAAUGCAUAUCUUGGAACGCUCGCUGGCAACGGCGCAUGCACAAACCUCGCAUUACGAGCAGGAACGAUCAAGCUUGGCGUCGGUCCUCGAGACCGUCGCCGCUUUACAGCAUGCAUCUCAUGCGUGCUUGUCUUUAUCAGAGCUCGUUCCGGCUAUGGAGCAGGUGGCUGCAUUGCCUCGAGACACGAUUCAGCGAUAUGGACUGGACGAGGCCAUGGCCGGUGCGCUGGUCCCAGCGCUUAAGCACAUGACCUCGCAAUGGGACCCGUUACGAGAGCCCCAUGCUGGGACUCGCGAGCUGUCUCUGUGGAUACCCAUUCUUCUCACCACAAGCACGGAGGCAGAGCGGCCCAUGACCCCGUACGAAAGUGUCAUGUGGAACAUCUGGAUGCCGGCGGCUCGUCAGGCCCUCGUCAAUGCAUGGGACGUGUAUGAUGCAGCGCCAGCCGUGGCGUUUAUCGAGGCCUGGCGCGAUCUCUUGCCGCCGUUCAUGCUGGACAAUGUGUUUGAUCAGCUUCUUCUUCCCAAACUCGAACGCGCUGUUCAGACAUGGACGCCGCGCGCCGAUGUGCCUAUGCACGUAUUUGUGCUGCCAUGGCUCACGCUCAGUGAGGCGCGAAUGGCAUCCGUUGUGAGCGAGACGCGUCGAAAGUGGCGGAGCGUGCUGAGUGCUUGGCAUGUGUCGCAAGGCAUCCCAGCCCACCUUGAGGCAUGGCGCGGUAUCUACUCCACGAAAGAAUGGGACGCCUUGCUGCUCGAGCGGAUUGUGCCGUCGAUCUCGAGAGCCUUGCGGACACAGUUCCGCGUCGAUCCGAGCCAACAAGACAUGCAAGUGCUGGAGCAGGUCCUGGCAUGGGCCGGUGUGCUGCGUGACAGUGUUCUGAGUCGCUUGCUGCACGUUGAGCUCGGCACGCCAUGGCUCCAGGUCUUGCACGCAUGGAUCACGCAGCCUGAUGCAGAUCUGCGCGAGAUUGCCGCAUGGCACGAGUUCUGGCGUAGCUGGUUCCCGCCUCAUGUGGCAAGGUUGCCAGGUCUGUCGCACAUGUUCAUGCAAGGUCUGCGGCACAUCAAUGCCGCCCUGGACCGUGGCGCAGAUCGUGUACACAUGCCUGCGCCGGUAGUGGCAGCAUUGCAUUCGCGCACAGAAAGUGCGCCGGCGCCGACCAAGCCACGGCAUGCUCCACCCACCUUGGAAGAGGUGUCGUUCCGCCACGUCAUUGAGGAGCGCGCCGUCGAAGCUGACUUGUUCGUCCGCUCGCUCAAUACACUCGAGCCUGCGACGGGCAUGGCACUCCUGCGCAUCUCGCACCACAUGGAUGGCAAGGUCGGCACGACGUUUUACCUGGAUGACGAUGUCAUUUUUGUCGCGCCACAGAAGCAGCGCUCAGCCGAGGGCCAGCGACUCGAAUACGAGCCCGUCUCUUUGGCCGAGUUGCUCGAGCGCGCUGCUGCAUAG